GCUCUAAGUACAGCAUUCUUGGUCAGCUACUUCGUUGCAGGCGGAGCGGCUGGUGCUGCUAGCAGAACGGUCGUAAGCCCACUAGAACGAUUAAAGAUUAUCAUGCAAGUACAGCCAAAAACACCUUCAGGAGCCGGUGGAAAAGCAGGAAAAGGUGCUUAUUCUGGCGUCAUUUCCGGUCUAACAAAGAUGUGGCAGGAAGAAGGCUUUAAAGGGUAUAUGCGGGGAAAUGGAAUCAAUUGUUUGCGUAUUGCACCUUAUAGCGCUGUUCAAUUCUCAACGUAUGAGAUCUUAAAGGCAUACCUUGUCGAUCCGGAGGGGGAAUUGGAUACGCCAAGAAGGCUGUUCGCAGGAGCUCUGGCAGGUAUUGCAAGUGUGGUGUCCACCUACCCUUUGGAUCUUGUCCGAUCACGUAUUUCGAUUGCCAGUGCAUCAAUGUACGCGGAAGCAAAGAAAACUGGCAUAGCAGCCGAAUCCGACUCAUCUCCCAAGCCUAAAUUGACUCGACAAGAAUUGCGAAAGCUAAUCGAAGAAAGACAGAAGCGAGUGCCAGGGAUAUGGGCAAUGACUGUAAAAGUCUACCGAGAAGAAGGUGGUGUACGUGCUUUGUAUAAAGGAUGCGUUCCGACAAGUUUGGGCGUUGCACCUUAUGUUGGCAUCAAUUUUGCAGCAUAUGAAGCCUUACGCAAAAGACUUGCAGAUGAAGAUGGAAAUAUUUCUACAGUUUUGAAGCUUUGCUGUGGUGCAGUGGCAGGCAGUAUUUCACAAACACUAACAUAUCCUUUAGACGUACUACGAAGAAGGAUGCAAGUGAGCGGAAUGAAGGAUAGUAGAUUGGGUUAUUCAGACAAGAGUGCUUGGGGUGCUGUCAAAACGAUUGUGAAGGCUGAAGGAGUGUUUGGAUUGUAUCGAGGAAUCGUGCCAAAUUUGCUCAAAGUGGCACCUUCGAUCGGAACCAGCUUCGCAACUUAUGAAUUCGUACGCAAUACCCUU